UGCAGAACUAGAGGAAGUGUUCAGCCAUUUUAGACGAGGGAUCGGACACGAACAAAAACAUUCAACCGAAUUUCAGUUAUUUGUUUGUUUAAUGUAGCUAACGGGUCGUCUGUUUAAAAUAUAUCGGGCGCUGAAGAGGAAACCAAACGAGACGGCUGAAAAGUCUCCUUUUAAAAGAGAGAGAAAGGCAGCCGAAGAUGGCCGUCGACAGGCGAGACGACAAAGAUGGAGAGCUUAAUGUUCUGGAGGAUAUAUUGACUGAUGCUCCUGACCAAGACGACGAAUUGUACAACCCUGAAAGUGAACAUGACCUGAACGAAAAGAAAGGUUCCAAGCGAAAGAACGAUCAUGGAGAAAGCCACGAUGCAAAGAGACUAAGGUCCUCUGGCCACUCCACCAGGCAGCCGGUUAAAAGGUCAGUACUGUCUAGCAGAUCCAUUGGGAAAAAGAUGACCAGCCUGAGGGGUAGACACCAUCCUGAUGACUUCUAUGAAGAAAGGAAGAACCAUUCUGGCAGAGGAAGAGCUUCCAGGGCUGAGUUGUCUAAAGGGCACAGCAGAGACCACCAGAGGAGAAUCAAACCACUGAUCCCAGAGUUGAACGAGAAACUGAGGAGGACGAGUGAGGAGAGUGUGGGCCGGGUGAGUCAUUCCUCGAAAGAAGACGAAGAAGAGGGGCGGUCGGAUGAGUAUGCAUCAGAGCAUGAGACGGGCAGUUCCGCAGGUUCCUCUGAAGGCAACCGUUCUGACGGUGAGGAAGAGGAGGUGAUGGAAGACGAUGACGAGGAUGGCGAGAAAGGCCCAGAUGAUGAAGAUGAAGAAGAGGAUGUUGAGGGAGAAGAUGGAGAAGAGGAGGACGAAGACUACGAGCUGGAGGACGGCGACCAGCAGGAGGGGAACGAGCAGAAUGACUACGACACGCGCAGCGAAGCCAGCGAUUCGCAGUCAGAAUCCGUGUCCUUCUCAGAGGGCGAGUCAGUGCACUCUGCCUCAGGCUCUGAGGCUUCUGGGUCAGAAAAGAAGCACGAAAAGCUGUCAUCGUCUGUCCGUGCUGUGAGAAAAGGUAAGAAAUCCCCACAACGAACACUCGAAAGAAAGCUGCAGACAUGGUUGAAAAGGCUUUGUGUCCUCAAGAUCCUUUUUUUUCUAUUAUUAUUUUCUCCUCCAUCGUCAUUAACAGAUCAAACCAGCAAGCUGAAGUACAUCCUGAGAGAGGCCAGGUACUUCCUGAUUAAGAGCAACAACCAUGAGAAUGUUUCUCUCGCCAAGGCUAAGGGGGUGUGGUCGACCCUGCCCGUGAACGAAAGGAAGUUGAACGCAGCGUUCCGCUCGGCUAAAAGCGUCAUCCUCAUCUUCUCUGUCAGGGAGAGCGGCAAAUUUCAAGGUUUUGCUCGACUCUCGUCCGAGUCUCACCACGGGGGUUCUCCCAUCCACUGGGUGCUGCCUGCAGGCAUGAAUGCCAAGAUGCUUGGAGGAGUCUUUAAAAUCGACUGGAUAUGCAGGCGGGAGUUACCUUUCACAAAGUCAGCACACCUUACCAACUCGUGGAACGAGCACAAGCCUGUGAAGAUCGGACGUGACGGGCAGGAGAUCGAGACGAACUGUGGCCUGCAGCUGUGCCUGCUCUUCCCUCCGGACGAGAGCAUUGACUUGUAUCAGGUUAUUCACAAAAUGCGCCACAAGAGGAGGACGCACUCGGAGCCUCGUUCCCGGGGCCGUCCCCCCCACAGAGAGCCCGCCCCACGAGACCUGGGAAGGCGUCGUCCAGAGGAAUAUGACAUGCACAACAGGAAGCGACCCAGGAUUGACUAUCCUCCCGAGUUCCCCCAGAGACCAGGUUUUAUGCAAGACCCACGCAACCAACCAGUGGACAGACGCUUUUCUGGAGUAAGGAGAGAUGUGUUCCUCAACGGCUCUUACAACGAUUACAUGCGAGAGUUCCAUCACACCAUCGGACCUCCACCUCCAUGGCAAGGGAUGGCGCCAUAUCCUGGCAUGGAUCAGCCUCCUCACCAUCCGUAUUACCAACACCAUCCUCCGCCACCGCAGACCCACCCACCAUACUCGGGUCAUCACCCCAUGCCCCAUGAUGCUCGCUUCAGGGAGAAGAGGGUCGUUCGUUCUUUCUCAUCCAGUCUGCACGAUUACGAUAUGCGUGUAGACGACUUCCUGAGACGCACCCAGGCGGUGGUGAGCGGCCGCAGGAGCCGGCCGAGAGAGCGCGAGCGUCAGAGAGAACGCGAGCGGCCGCGGGACGCACGGCGAGAGCGGGAACGAGAGCGAGGACGUGAGCGUGACCGGGACAGAGACCGCAUCAGAGAUCGUGACAGGGAGAAAGAAAGAGGGCGCUAUCGCAGAUAAGAGAAGAUUCUCUACAGCUUUCUUUUUUUUUUUCUUUUUGUUGUUGUUGUCACUUUUUUGGUCACACACAGUUUUGCUAAGUAGCUCAUUAUUGAUUCUCUGUUAAAAAUCCCUUUUAAUAUCUUUCUGGGAAACAUAACAGUUAGUGUUUUUUUAAUUUGUUUGUUUUUUGUUUUUUGUAGAUAAGUACGUAUGUAUAAUACUGAAGUGUAAUUCAGAGGAAAAAGCACCACUCUUCCUUUCAGAGUAUUAUUUUUAAACAUGUACAUUGUUUUACAGGAGAUUGUAUAAUGCAUGCAGUGUUUUCUACUGUGAAAACCAAAAAUCUUUUUUUUUUCCUUCUUCUUUUCUUUUAAACGUUGAGCAUCGAGAGGGCACGAUUUUCUCAUACAUUCGGUGUGUGUUACAGUUUAGGACAAAUUUUCUUUGCCUCCAUCCUUCACUGCUAAUCAGCUCUGUAAAUGUCUCUGCUGUGAGGUUUAAGGUAACGCACACUUGUGUCUGUGAUCUCCGUUAUUGUACAUAAUACCUGAAUGGACUGUUAAAGCAGUACAACACGCUGCAGCACGUUCCUUUAUAUGGCUUUACGUUCCAAAUGUUCUGUUUUGAGUACGUGGGUGAAAAAAAAAUGCAAUAUCACCUUUUUUCUGUUUAAUCACUGUUGUAUUCUGUAAAUUCCCUGAAAUGAAGGUCUGUACAGCAACAUGCUAGAUGUUUUUGUCAGGAAAGUUGUAUCUUUUACUGAUAUCUUUUGUAUAAUUAAAAAGAAAACACUGUGUUUGUA